AAAGUGACUAUAAUUUGGGUGGGUGAAAAAAUUAAACACUUGGCUCCCAAAGAGAUGCUCCUGAGUUCAAAUGCAAUACAUGAUCUGGUGCCUGGCUACAUCCACAAUCUUUACAGCACUUCUUUACCGAGAAGAAUUUAGAUUAUACUGAUUCUGAGCUGGAAGUCCUGAGCUGGAAACUCCUUUGCUACUAAGGAAACUUUGUUGAGAAAUAGAGUGACCAAAAGAAAUACGGAAGUCAGAAAGCUGCACACCAUUUGGGCAAAAUCUGGUUGGAGAGGAAAGCAGUUCCCAUGAUUAGUGAGCUUCCCCAGCUAGCCUGUAGGUGGGUGUGUUUAACAGAAGAAGCAAUGGGAACCCGCCUGUCAGCCAGCCUUUUGAGCUAAUUAGCUCAGCAUACAACAAAGAUAAGUGAGCCUGGGAGGAGGGCCCCCUGAGGGGUCUUUAGAUUCUGGGAAAUGUCUGAUUGGCAGAUGUUAAAAGAGAUUCUUUGGUAAUCCUGUGCAUCAAUGAGCUGCACAAAUUCAGACCAGCACUGCAAAAAUUCAGGCAUGAGGACACUGUGCAGCAGGCUCGCACAGGCAGACCCAAGAUGGACAGAACCUUGGAAUCCUUGAGACACAUCAUUGCCCAAGUCUUGCCUCACAGAGACCCGGCUCUAGUCUUCAAAGACUUGAAUGUUGUGUCAAUGUUACAGGAAUUUUGGGAAAGCAAGCAGCAACAGAGGGCUGCAUUCCCAAGUGAAGGUGUGGUGGUCUACGAGUCGCUGCCAUCUCCUGGACCACCCUUUGUGAGUUAUGUGACCCUCCCAGGGGGAAGCUGUUUUGGCAACUUUCAGUGCUGCUUAAGUAGAGCUGAGGCCAGACGUGAUGCAGCUAAAGUGGCCCUAAUCAACUCCCUCUUCAAUGAGCUGCCCUCUCGCAGGAUCACCAAGGAAUUCAUUAUGGAGAGUGUGCAGGAAGCAGUUGCCUCGACUAGUGGCACUUUGGAUGACGCGGACGACCCCAGCACCAGCAUUGGAGCCUACCACUACAUGCUGGAGUCAAACAUGGGGAAGACGAUGCUGGAAUUUCAGGAGCUCAUGACCAUUUUCCAACUAUUGCACUGGAAUGGAAGUCUAAAAGCCCUUCGUGAAACAAAGUGUUCCCGACAGGAAGUCAUCUCCUACUAUUCCCAGUAUUCCCUAGAUGAAAAGAUGCGCAGCCACAUGGCCCUGGACUGGAUCAUGAAGGAGCGGGAGUCACCAGGAAUUCUCUCCCAAGAGCUACGAAUGGCCCUGAGGGAAUUGGAGGAAGCCAGGAAAGCAGGACAAGAACUACGGUUUUACAAAGAAAAGAAAGAAAUCCUGAGUUUAGCCCUGACUCAGAUCUACAGUGAUCCUGACACUUCCUCACCCAGUGAUGAUCAGUUGAGCCUCACGGCCCUUUGCAGCUAUCACUAACAAGGCCAGGUCCCAGCUGCCCCCAAGGCGGGCAGAGGCCAGACUGUAACAUUAGGAAGCUCAUUGAAGGAGGUCAUCAGAGGCUUUAGCAGCUAUAGAUGCUGCCUGAAGGCUGUACUAAUUCUCCCCACCCAUUCCAUUCAUAGAAUCUCAGAGUAGCAGGACCCUUACAAGACCCAGCAUGUCACUCAAUGCAAUUUUCCCAUCACACUCUCAGUAGUUCCACCUCAGACUGAAAGGUUGGAGACAGGAUUGCUUGAAAAAUAUUUUCCAGGCCUGGCUUCAACCUGAAGCCUUGUUGACAUGUGCCUUGCUAGAUUAUAUAUGUUGUUUUAAAGAAUGGGUCAAUGUAGCAUCCCCGAAAAGAACACCAGCGAGGACUGGGGAAAAUAGCAUGAUAGCAAUUUUAAAAUACUUGGGAUUAAAUAAACAAUAUGGAUUCUUUUAAAAAAUAUCCAGGGGUCAGAGUUUCUUCCUAAGCUUUGUAAGCUACAAGAUCACUUACACUCUACUAGGUGUAAUCCAAAACUUCAGUGAGGAUUUUAUCUGGACAUCCCACUAUCAAAGAUUUUGAACUGAAAAGCCACAACUUCCCAUGUUGGGUGUGAUUAAAGGACAAAAGAAGCCAGACUAAGAUUAUUUU